AUGCUGUGUGGGGAAAAGCGUGGGGCGUGGGACAGCAAUUAUACGGACAAGUAUUGGAAGACAAAGGAAUUGAUAGAAAAGUUUAACAAAGAGAGGAGUCAACCAAAACUACUGAUCCCUAAACCUCCGGAACUAAUCGAACCCAAGGCUUACGGAAAGGUUAAAGUCGUUGACUAUCUGUCUCUGGAGGACGUGUUGAGCAAAAUCAAGCCAAUCGUCACCGAAAAGCCAACGCAUAUGGAGUUAUUGAAUUUGGGACACAAUUAUGGCCAAAACUAUGGUUUCAUUAACUAUAGACUCAAAAAUUUACAAAAAUUAAAACAGUUAAAACUAACCGGUGGCGCAUCUGAUCAGGCGGUUAUACUCAUAGACCACAAUCCGGUGGGACUCGUGGACAGCACUAAAGACUAUGAAUUAAACGUAACUGACUCUCAAUUUGCAAACACAACGACCCAUACGUUGAAUAUUAUUGUUGAAAACACGGGUCGAGCGAAGAUUGGAGGAGGAAUUAAUACGGCCCGCAAAGGUCUGAACGGAGACGUGACUAUCGACGGGAAAAUAGGGUUAUCAUUGGAUAUAAAGGAGAGUCCGAGCGAUACGUUUGUCCGAUUGGACGGCUGGACGAAAGGCAAUGUGUUUGUCAAUGGCUUCAAUGCGGGCCGUUAUUACUCAGUCGGUCCGCAACACACUCUGUAUAUACCGGCGCCGCUCUUGAAGUCAGGCCUAAACCAUAUCUCAGUGUUUGAAUUNGCAACACACUCUGUAUAUACCGGCGCCGCUCUUGAAGUCAGGCCUAAACCAUAUCUCAGUGUUUGA